AUGAAGAAGGAAGUAGAUUUUAACCUCCUCUACGACGAGGAAAAGAAAAAUCUGGUGGGGUUGCUAAUCGAAAACAAUUUCGACGAAAUAUACGAGCCGAUAACAACAGAAAGUCUCCGAUUUUUUGUGCCACUCAACGGAGCGUGCCUAAUCGAUUAUCAAUUACACUUCUUCAAACAAAAUAAUAUUAAAAAAAUUUACAUAGUGGUGACUCAUCACGAGAAGGAGUUGCAGCAUUACAUUCAGAAAUUUCAGAAGAGCAAAAAAAGGUACAACGAUUUAGACAUUGAAAUAAUUAAAUUGAGUAAAAAGGUAAAAACGUUAGGUGACGCAUUGCGGGACUUUAAAAAAUGUGUGGAGAUUUAUCAAGACAUAUUAUUGCUCCUCUCCGAUACAAUUCCAAUUGCAAAUAUAAAAGAAAUUAUAAAAGCUCAUUUUAUAAACAAGGAGAAGUGUAAAAAUCAAAUUAUGACUCUUAUCCUGUCCCACUGUAGUGAUGAGAAUAAAUCCCACAAUGACGAUUUUGUCAUUGCGUACGAUAAUUUUUCCUUCAAGCUUCUCCUAUUUGAACCCCUUAAAAAUAAAAAUUAUUUAAUAUUGACUAGCGAAAUAUUUGAUGAGAUAAAGCCCAAGGAUGGGAAGAAGGGAGCAAACGGGACAGGUGCCAUCGGAGUGAGUGGCGGUGGGAAGAAGCACCAACAGUCGUCUCUCUCCAAAGUAGGAGAAAAUAAAGAAUACCAUGCACCAGCCAUCAAUUUUAGUACCUCCACCAACUCCAUAAUAAUCUCGUAUGACCUUGUAAUGCCAAACAUUUUUAUUAUCACCCCGCAAGUUUUCAAAUUGUUUGAAGAGAAUUUUGACUACCAGUGCAUGAGAAAGGAUUUCAUAUACAACAUCCUGAGGCAGGAAAUUAAAAUAGAAGAAAUUUACGUGCAUGCUUUGAACAACGAUUAUAACUACACCGAAUGUAACCAGAUAAUUACAACCUUGACAGAUUUUCGGAUUUAUUUUAAAUUUUUUAAAACAUUAAUUGAGAGAAAUGUUCACCCCUUUUUAGCCAACUCUUCGCACCUUUUGCCUGACCUACCCAAAUAUAUCUUUUGUGAACCGGGAUUGUAUAAAGGAAAAAGUUCCAUCAUUGAUGAUUCCUGUAAGUUGCUAAAAAUUGUCUUGGUGGAAAACUACACGGAGAUUUCAGAAAACACACUUAUUGAAAAUUCCGUCAUUUGUAAAAAUUGCAAAAUUGGAAAAAAUGUAAAAAUUGUCAACAGCAUCAUCGGGAAAAACUCUCUUAUAAAGGACAACGUAACGAUUGUGAGCUCCUUUAUCUGUGAGAAUAAUAUCAUUAACGAGAGUGUACACAUUGACGAAUGCUGUGUUGUGGGGAAAAAUAUGAACAUCCCGGCGGAAACGAAAAUAGGCAAGUAUACCAGAUUAAGCGCGUUUAAACACCUAAAGGGGCAUUUGAAGGUGCACAGAAGGAGCAAAGAGCAGGACGACCAUUCUUCCGAAGAAAGGGAGAAGAAGGACUUUUCCCUGGACGGAAGCGGCGCAGAGGCACCCAUCCUGCAGUUCGAGCAGGAGGCCGUCACCAAGGAGAAUGAGGAAAACUCGCUCAACGAGAGUGCGCACAAAGACAACCAAGAGGCCGCAGGCGGGGAGAAGCAAGAGAAGGAGGACAACCAACAGGUGAAGGAAGAAAGGGGAACGAUCAAUGAAGUGGAUGAGGAGGUGAAAGAAGUGAAGGAAGAGGUGAAUGAAGUGAAGGAAGAGGUGAAUGAAGAGGAGGAGGAGGUAAAAGAAAACAAUGAAGAGGUGAAAGAAGACAAUGAGGAGGUGAAAGAAGACAAUGAGGAGGUGGAAGAAGACAAUGAGCAAGUGAAAGAAGAGAAGGAAGAGGUGAAUGAAGAGAAGGAGGAGGUUAAUGAAGUGGAUCAGGUGAAAGAAGAGAAGGAAGAAGCGAAUGAAGUGGCUGAGGCGAAUGGAGAGAAGGAAGAAGCGAAUGAAAUAGCAACGAACGCGAAAGAGCUCGCCGACGAGAACGGGGACGUGGCAGCGGAAGAACCAUCACAGCACGAUAUGCUGCACGGAGAGCCCUUUGAACUGAACAACUUCAUCGUAAAGACCAGGUAUUCUGAGGACCAGCUGCGUCUUUUCUCCCUAAUCGGUGACGCAGAGGACUAUGGGAAGAUAAAAAUGACGAGCUUUUCAGAGUACGACUCGGAAGAGGAAAGUGACGAGGAUUCCGUGUACUCGACAUCGAAAAACUACAGCACCAUGAGUGAUACCAAUGUAAGUGACAAGGAAGAUGAAUCCAAUUGUAACAGCACUGCAGACAUGAGUGACAUAAAAAAUCACUUUGACAAGAUAAAUUUGGAAAAUGAAAAAAAUUCUUUUGUAAAAGAAAUAUCAUUAUUGUGUAAAGAAGCAAUUGAAAAACCACAGCAUAUGAGUCACAAAAUUUUGGAAAUGAAAAGUUUCAGACUCUCCCUAAAUUACACAGACUUAGAUGUUAUCAUUUCAUUUUUCCCAAUUGUUUGGGAUUUCAUUAAUAGCAUGGAGUUUGAUAAAGACACAUGGGUGGAAAAUUUUGACAAGGCAAAAUUGGACUUGUUAUUUUCGUCUUUUCUUCUGGACGAUCAGUUAUACUACGAGACCAUCUACGGUUUGAUUUUAGACUUUUCCAAAAAGGAGUUCCUCACGAAUGACGUUCAAAAUAAUGUGUACGGCUCCGACAAGUUGUGCGCGGCGUUUGAGUACAUUUACCACUCGGAUAUCUUUGAGUUCAACUAUUUUAAUGAGUAA